AGGGCCGGUUGGAUUCAUGUGAGGAGAUACGAGCUGAUCAGGUACAUAUCACAGAUGAGGGUUUGGACUCAUUUGAGGAUCAGCUGAGAGAUUUGAGCCAUACUGGAUUUAUGGACAUGCUACUACAGUCAGACACUUCAUCCACGAUGCCCACUCAUCUAGUUAGCCCCUUGCACUCCUCAGUGAUACGUACAGCUAGAGAGAGAUAUGCUGGCAUGAGUGAUGUUGUUGAUAUGAUUACGGGACAGGAUCAGUCUACUAUACAGCCUACUCCAGGUGAUACACAGUUAGCUCAUGUCACUCCUUCCUUGAGCUCUGAGCAUGUGCGUAGGAGAGAUUCUUUAGAUGCUGACAUUAGUGUACAGGACUCCCCCUCAGAUGGUCGCUCAGUUCGUAGCCGACAUGAUGAUCCCCAGUGUUGAUUUGCUCCAGACUUUAUAGCUCAUUUACAUUUAUCUUUUUAUAUACUUUCAUAUUAUAUAUAUAUUCAUGCACGUACAUGGAGUUUAGACUCUAGAUUAUACUUUAUACCUGGUUUAUGUUUGACUCUGGAUU